CCCCCAAGACCAGAGUAUUUGUUCAGUCUCUUUUCCCCUCCCAAGAGAGACUCAAAUCACCUUUUUGCUUAAGAUUUUCCUCAAUCCUUCUUGGAUCAUAAUCUUCAAUUUUCAAAUCUGCACAAUAAUCUUCUCUCAUAUAUUUUGGGUAUUACUAAAUCUUUUGAAUCUUCAUUUUCUUUUUCUUUGUCCAUUUAAGCGGUAUGGAUGUCUCUGUAAAGGAGGAAGUGUCGGAGGCUCCGAUUAUAACUAAGAGGAAAAUGCGAACCGAAACUGUUACGGCGCCUCCUCCUGACUCCGUCAUCGAACUCAGCGACAGCGAUUCCGAUAGCGAUUCGGAGAACGAUGUUGAGUCGGAGAACGGAAGAAGUCCUUCCACGAAGCGAAGGACGGACGCUGAAAUGGUUUUGCCUGUUGGAUUCCUCAGCCCUCUCCCUCCGGAGGCCUCUCCACCGGCACCUCUGCUGGCUUUGCCGGCGCCAGAGUGGGCUUCUAGUUCCGCAUCACGAUCUAACCAUACAUUGGGAGUGAAUAGCUGCAAGCAGUUCUGGAAGGCUGGGGAUUACGAUGGUGCCCGCUGUGGUGGUUCUGAUUUUUCAACAGUUGGUAUGGAUCAUGUCAGAGUUCACCCCAAGUUUUUACACUCUAAUGCCACAAGCCACAAGUGGGCUCUUGGAGCUUUUGCUGAGCUUUUGGACAAUUCAUUGGAUGAGGUUUGUAAUGGGGCGACAUACGUUAAUGUAGAUAUGCUUAUAAAUAAGAAAGAUGGCUCCAGGAUGUUGCUGAUUGAAGAUAAUGGUGGUGGGAUGGAUCCUGAAAAAAUGCGUCAAUGCAUGUCACUGGGGUAUUCUGUGAAAAGCAAAUUGGCGAACACAAUUGGACAAUAUGGAAAUGGCUUUAAGACAAGUACCAUGAGGCUAGGGGCUGAUGUAAUUGUUUUCUCCCGUUUUCCGGGGAAAGAUGGGACAAGCUCUACUCAAAGCAUAGGCUUGCUGUCUUACACAUUUUUGAGGAGUACGGGAAAGGAAGACAUUGUAGUACCCAUGUUGGACUAUGAAAGAAGAGGACAACAAUGGAAUAAGAUAAUACGAACUACUCUGGAUGAUUGGAAUAAAAAUGUUGAAACAAUGGUGCAGUGGUCACCAUUUUCUGAUGAGGCUGAUCUUCUUCGUCAGUUCAACUUGGUGAAAGAUCAUGGUACACGAGUGAUCAUAUACAAUCUUUGGGAAGAUGACCAAGGUCAACUGGAACUUGAUUUCGAUGCUGAUCCACAUGAUAUCCAAAUAAGAGGUGUUAAUCGAGAUGAGAAAAACAUACAGAUGGCUAAAGAGUUUCCGAAUUCUCGACAUUUUUUGACCUAUCGGCAUUCACUAAGGAGUUAUGCUUCAAUUUUAUAUCUGAGGCUUCCUACUGCCUUCCGAAUUAUUCUUCGCGGGGAAGAUAUUUUGCAUCACAACAUAGUGAAUGAUAUGAUGAUGUCUCAGGAAGUGACCUACAAGCCUCAAGCUGGAGUUGAUGGGCUUCUUCCCAAGGACUCAAAUAUGGUUGCUGUUGUUACCAUUGGAUUUGUGAAGGAUGCAGUUCACCAUGUUGAUGUUUCAGGUUUUAAUGUUUAUCAUAAGAAUCGACUCAUUAAGCCUUUCUGGAGGAUCUGGAAUCCAGCUGGAAGUGGAGGACGUGGGGUCAUUGGUGUCUUGGAAGCCAAUUUUGUUGAACCUGCUCAUGAUAAACAAGGCUUUGAGCGUACAUUAGUUUUAUCAAGACUGGAGUCUAAAUUGAUACAAAUGCAGAAAAAAUACUGGGCCACUAACUCCCAUAAAAUUGGUUAUUCCAAUCGAAAUAAAAUACAAAUAAGAGAUUCUGGUGAUAAAGACACAUCUCCUGCAUAUGUUCCAGAACCAUCAAAAUCAAAAAGGAAAUAUUCUACUAUGGAUGGCAAGGUAACGCCGUUGACAUCAGACAAAUUGCAUUCACAACCAAAUCAGAAACGGAUGCAAAAACAAACAGAAAAAGAUAGUGCAUUUAUUAAUGGCCGAUCUCCUGUUUCUCCUCCUAAACAUAUAAUACAAAGUUCAUCCGAAGAAUCAUCCUCUGAUGAUGAUGUCAGUGAGGAUCUCUUGCCUAAAGGAAAAAUUCAGAAGGCAUCCACCGCUGAGAAAUCAAAAGUUCAGAAGGCAUCUACCACUGAGAAAUCAUUUGAAAGUGAGAAUGGAGACACUACAUCAAAUAGAAAAGCCUCGCCGUACACACGGGCAUCCACAUCCAAGAUAAAGGGAAAGGAUGUAAAUAAUAGCGACCAACCACUACCUGACAAUGAUUUACUGACAAUUGAGCAAUUGAAGAAAGAGAACCGUGAGUUGAAGGAAAGAUUACAGAAGAAGGAAGAGGAAAUUUUAGAAGUGUCUCAAGCUUUGCAGCAUGACAAAGACAAGUGUAAAUCUCUCGAAACUCAGCUAAACGAGUCCGAAAAAAAGAUUGAAGAGUUGAACCGUGAUCAAGAAACUCUCAUUGAUGUAUUCUCUGAAGAGAGGGAAAGACGUGAUGCUGAAGAGAAAAAUCUAAGAAAGAAGCUUCAGGAGGCAUCGAAUACUAUCCAAGAUCUGCUUGACAAGAUACGGAUAUUUGAAAAGAAGUCUACAAGUAGCAAACUAGAACGAUAAUGAUGGCCUUGUUAUUGCAUUUUCUGUUGAGUGUUGUAUCUACCUGCCACUGGGAACCAAUGUUUUACUGCGAUGCUGCUUUUAUCAUUUAUUGGAAUCUUCUAACUUAGGGUGUAGGGUGAUACUGUAAAUUGAUUGUAUAGUUUCACGUCUAACACCUCAUUGAUAUUAAAAUUUCUGUCCAGUACGGAGGAGUGAAUUAGAGACUAACUGAACAAUGUUCUUUACCAUGGAAUUUGGAGCAAUUUUCGUGCAAUAGUAUCGUUCUCAAAUACUAGUUCGAUUUUAAUUGAGGCA